AUGGAGGUUCUCAAGACUCACGUCGGUGCCAAUAGGAAUGACUCCCUAAAAGAUGCUGUGCAAAAAACAUGGGCCCGUGGGGGCGUCCGUGGUUUCUACCAAGGCCUAAUCCCUUGGGCUUGGAUUGAGGCAUCAACAAAAGGAGCUAUUCUAAUUCUCACUUCGACUGAAGUUGAGUACUACGCAAAGCGCCAUCUCAACGCCAACAGUGUUAUUGCUGGCGGACUAGGCGGCGUUGCUGGAGGUGCAGCCCAGGCCUAUCUCACAAUGGGGUUUACCACCUGUAUGAAGACUGUCGAGGUCACAAGAACGAAGAAUGCCAAGGCAGGAGCCCGUGUACCAGGACCCAUGGAAGCCUUCUUCGACAUCCUAAGAACAAAGGGCAUCAGGGGCGUCAACCGCGGCGUCAAUGCCGUGGCUCUUCGUCAAAUCACUGGCUGGUCAUCAAGAAUCGGCAUCGCAAGGCUCGCAGAGACAAAUAUCAGAUCCUUUAAGGGUAAAUCAGCCAAGGACAAAUUGUCUUUUGGUGAGACGGUUGCUGCCUCGACGGUUGGUGGUGCCCUUAGCUGCUGGAACCAACCCUUCGAGGUGAGUUAA